UACUUGCCCGAAGCUAUCGUCCGCUUUCGGCACAUUUUUAACUAUAUGAAGCCGGGAUCCCUUUCUCUGCUUAGGUAACAUGAGGUUUUUCUUGUGGAACGCGAUCCUGACACUGUGGGUCACGGCUUUGAGUGGAGCUCUGAUCCCAGAGCCAGAAGUGAAAAUCGAAGUCCUCCAGAAGCCUUUCCUCUGCCAUCGCAAGACCAAAGGAGGGGAUCUGAUGCUGGUCCACUACGAGGGCUAUUUAGAGAAAGACGGUUCCCUGUUUCACUCCACUCACAAACAUAACAAUGGCCAGCCCAUCUGGUUCACCCUGGGCAUCCUGGAGGCUCUCAAAGGCUGGGACCAAGGCCUGAAGGGAAUGUGUGUGGGAGAGAAGAGAAAGCUCACUAUUCCUCCUGCCCUGGCCUAUGGCAAAGAAGGAAAAGGUAAAAUCCCCCCAGAGAGCACACUGAUAUUCAACAUUGACCUCCUGGAAAUUCGAAAUGGCCCAAGGUCCCACGAGUCAUUUCAGGACAUGGACCUCAAUGACGACUGGAGACUCUCUAAGCACGAGGUUAAAAUAUACUUAAAGAAGGAGUUUGAGAAGCACGGCGCAGUGGUGAAUGAAAGUCACCAUGAUGCUUUGGUGGAGGAUAUCUUUGAUAAAGAAGAUGAAGACAAAGAUGGAUUUAUAUCUGCCAGAGAGUUUACAUAUGUGCAUGACGAAUUGUAGGGAAUCGCCCGCCAUCUUAGUAUCAUUCAUUUCUAAAGGGAAGGUGGCACCUUUAGACAAGUGUU